AUUACAUCGUGGCUGUGAAGUCUGCGGGGGUCGAUUCUGGUCAUAGCGUGCGCUUGAGAGAAAAAUAAAACGUUUUGCCCCAAACUUCUAGCGUGCGAGAGUUUCCGCGACAGUCUACGGCUCUGUUACGAACAGUCGCCAGGGAAAUUCGCUCCUGAGCUCGUGAAUUCCUUUGCUCCAGCUUGAUAACUCCUUCUCCCUCCAGUUUUGAGAGCCUCAAUGUUGAAAAGAAUUCUUCACGAUGCGCUUCUCUUCCUCUUCUCUCGCGGUUCCGGGUUUUCCGAGAAAUGCGUCCCAUCGUCCGACUCUCUGCACAUCGCAACACCCAAGUCCCGACAACCCGCGUCCUUAACGGACCGCAGUGCGACCAGCCACGCGGGCCCGUCCCUGUCACCGCCGCGAUCGCGCAUCCCGCAAGUGACUCCGCGUUUUGCGGGGAUCCGUUCGACCUCCUCUUUCGUCUCCAGAGCGUCCGCUCGGCGCGCUUUCCUGUCGCUGCUGCUGCUGCUCGUGGCGACGGCGGUUCUCCGGUCGUUCUGCAUCACGUGGCGCUGCGCCCAUGGCGGGAGAACGAGUCGUUCCUCCGCAUUCGGCGGCGGGACGGCCGGUGGCGACGGGAUUGCGGAGUUCGGCGACAGCGUUGCGACGGGCGAGCGACCAGUGCUCGAUCUGCGACGAAACUCCCGUUUGUGGAACAUUGUAAUGAGAUCACACGGCGAGCCGUCGGAUCAAACAGCGCUUGACGAUGCACACUUGGAGUCGGAGUCGACGCGGGAGUCGACGGGGGAGUCCCUGACCCCGAACUCAUGGCCGCUCGGCGAACCGCGGCUCUUCGUUCCGCUCCUUGCGUCCUCUCCUCCUUUAUCUAGUAGUGCUGCCUCCCUUUCUCUCCCUACAACCACUACUGAUUCCACCGCUACUAUACCUCUCCCCGCCCCCCGGGAGCAUCUCACAGCCACAGCAUCAGCGUCAGCGUCAGCGUCUCGCACAGGGCGGCAUGUGCUGCCCCGCCCGCAGACCUGGCGGCCUUGGACUCAUUCCGCGCAAGCAGCGGCGGCGGCGGGAGGGGCAGCACCCGACAGGCUCUCCAGCGCCGUUGCUGGCGCGACGGGGGAAUUGCGGAGACUCCUCGGCGGCGUCCGCGGUGGCGGCGCCGGGAGCGCCAGCUCGGAGCGCGGCAUCCCGCACAUCCAGCUGCGCACGGGCCUGCCGUCGGACGACUUCCGCGCGGACGCCGCCACGUUCCAGCGCAUGGGCGCGUGCAAGACGGCGCUGGUGGCGGCGGUGCUGGAGCGCGCGCGCGACGUGCUGCUGUCUGACACGGACGUGGCGUGGCUGCGCGACCCGCACGGGGAGUUGUACCACGGGGCCAUGCGCCACGCGGAUGUCAUGGUGUCGUCCGACUCGCUCUCACACGCUAACGACGAGGCCAGUCUGCGUGCGGACCCUCUGGCAGACAGUGACGAGGAGGACGGGUGGUUCAGCAGGGCGACGCCACGUGGCAAGGAGGUGUUUGGGAACGCGUACGAGCACGCACUCAACACGGGCGUGCUGCUGCUGCGCGCCUGCCCGGUCACACUCGACCUCGCCCUCGCAUGGCACCACGCCAUGAGGACCAAGGGAGCGAGCGAGGGGUGGGAGAGCCUGUGGGGCGACCAGCACGCGUUCAACCUGCUGCUGCGAUACCAGAUGUUCCCCAUCCGCGUCGUCACCGCACCCUUACAACUCCCCUCCUCCACCACCACCACCGGUACCACCGGCACCACCAGCGGCGCCACCGGCGGCGGCACCAGCCAGCAGCAAGGUCACACCACCGUCACGAAUGGCGCCUCACAGCAUGGCAUGCCAACUCUGGGCGGCCCUGUGGACGAGCUGUCGGGGCGCAGUGUGGCGAGCAACCGUGUGAUCUGGGCGUUCAACGCGCGGCUGCGCGUGGCCAUCCUGCCGCUCGCACUCGUGCCCAACGGCCACGUCUUCUUCGUGCAGCAGCUGCACCGCCAGCAUGGGCAGGACGGGCAGCACGGGCAGCAGCAGCAGCCAGUGAGCCAGCAGCAGCAGCAGCAGCAGCAGCAGGAGCAGGAGCAGUGGCAGCAGCAGCAGCAGCAGCAGCACAUGAGGCUGCCGCCCCCCCUGGCGGUGCACAACACGUUUCAGUUCCACCACGCGCUGGGGAAGGCCGCACGCUUCAGAGAGGCCGGGCUGUGGGCCGUGGACCCGCCCGAGUACUACAGUGACGGCAACUACGUGAGCAUGGAGUACAGCACGCCACCAUCGAUCGAGGCCAUGGAGCCAGGCAUGCUGCGACACCAAGCCGCCAUCCAACACUUCUAUCACGUGGCGCGGAAGGCGUUUGCGCUGGCGUGGCUGCUGUCGCGCAAGCUCAUCCUGCCACGCGUCACGUGCUUCUGCGACCGCUGGUGGGACAGCCUCACCCACCCGUGCCGCGCGCCCGGCAGCGACCGCGACCCGCCCUUCGCCUGCCCCAUCGACUACCUCAUCUCGCCGCUCUACUGGGGGGGCAACGCCACGGAUAUGGUGUACCGCCCGGCUGGGUUUCUUGAAGAUCCCAGGACCAGCGCUGAGAUCAAGGCUUCUCGGUGGACGGUACGUGUCCAUUGACUACCCGGGCUCGCCCCUGCCCCAACAACAG